AUGAGUAAUACCGACUUCCUAGGGAGGGCGAUUGACACCGUCAAAAAGGCCAUCGAGCACGACAAUGAGGGCGAAUACGAGAAGGCUUAUCAGCUGUAUUACUCGGCACUGGAGCUGUUCAUGCUGGCACUGAAAUGGGAGAAGAACCCCAAGUCCAAGGAGAUGAUCCGCGCAAAGGCCGGCGAGUACAUGGAUCGUGCGGAGAAACUCAAGAAUCACCUGGCUACUCUAGAUAAUCGAAAAAAGCCGAGUGCGGUGGGCGCUAACGGCAAGGUGGCGCAAGGAAGUGGGAAGGGAGGAAACCAGGACGAAGAUGGCGAGGACGCCGACUCGAAGAAGCUACGGUCCGCCCUUGCUGGGGCGAUCUUGUCGGAUAAACCCAACGUGCAGUGGGAGGAUGUUGCCGGUCUGGAGAGCGCAAAGGAGGCAUUGAAGGAAGCGGUCAUUCUACCGAUCAAGUUCCCACACCUCUUUACGGGGAAGCGCCAACCGUGGAAGGGUAUCUUGCUGUAUGGGCCCCCGGGUACGGGAAAGUCAUAUCUCGCCAAGGCUGUUGCGACGGAGGCGAACAGCACAUUCUUCAGUGUUAGUAGUAGUGACUUGGUGUCGAAGUGGAUGGGUGAGAGUGAAAGGCUUGUGAAGCAGCUCUUCAACAUGGCGCGAGAAAACAAGCCGGCGAUUAUCUUCAUUGACGAAGUCGACGCUCUUUGCGGCCCUCGUGGCGAAGGUGAAUCAGAGGCAUCUCGUCGUAUCAAGACGGAAUUGCUCGUUCAGAUGGACGGUGUUGGCAAAGACUCAAAGGGCGUUCUGAUCCUCGGCGCAACGAACAUUCCCUGGCAACUGGAUGCAGCCAUUCGUCGUCGAUUCCAGCGUCGAGUCCACAUCAGUCUCCCCGAUAUCAACGCACGAAUGAAGAUGUUCAUGCUGGCUGUCGGCUCCACGCCCUGCGAGUUGACGCAAGCCGACUACCGAACCCUGGCAGAGAUGAGCGAGGGCUACUCCGGUAGCGAUAUUAGCAUUGCUGUGCAGGAUGCGCUGAUGCAGCCAAUCCGCAAGAUCCAAACAGCAACGCACUACAAGAAGGUCAUCCUCGACGGUGCCGAAAAGCUAACCCCCUGCUCACCGGGCGACCAAGGCGCAAUGGAAAUGUCAUGGACCACCGUAGAAGCCGACCAACUCCUGGAACCCCCGCUCGUCCUGAAAGACUUCAUCAAGGCGGUUCGUAACUCCCGACCAACCGUCAGUCAAGAAGACCUGCAACGAAACUCCGAAUGGACCAAGGAAUUCGGCAGCGAGGGUGCUUAA